AUGGCCUCAUUUCGAGCUAGCAGGCUGCAGAACCUGCUCACGAGCAAUCACCGGCUAUUGCAGUCCCAGCAAAAGAGAUUCGCCCAGGUGCACGAUGUGCGAUUCCUAGCCACACACAGAGAUCCGCGACAGAUCCUGGACAAGUACAAGCACAAGCUUGACCAGAAAGCAAAGGAAGAGGGCCAUGAAUCGGUAGAAGCCUUGAAAGAUGCGUAUAAAGAUAAAAUCGCCGAAUAUCGUCGCAAAGCCUCUACUGCCGCCACGCCCGAGCCGACAUCACCUCCGGCAACUUCUUCGCCUUCACAUUCGCCUGCUUCAACCCCGGCAGCAACUCCGCCUUCCUCGCCAUCACCAAUCGGCGCUGCUGCCAAGGGGACCAUAGACAGCAAUGCACCGGGUAUUAAACCACUCGGUUCGUAUCUGAACAUCGAGAAAAUCCUCACUCUACCGCCCAAAGAAAUCGAGACCCUGUGGCGACUCCGAAAUGCAAAUAACGCACGCUCAAUAUGUGCUGUUAUUCCCUUAGAUACAUACCAACGAAUGGCGGCGGCAGCCCGUUCCAACCCACAAUUCAUUCUCCCCUUGCCACGUCAACCGUCAACCACACAAGCCGAUGGAAGCGAGGGACAGCCCAAAGAAAACGACGGGUCAGCUGCGGUAGAAGGCGGUGCUGACAUUCAUUUCUUGCAAUGGGGGUUCCAUCCCCCCGCUGCAUCAACAUCAUCGCCGCUACAGACGGCUAACACACAUACCUCUACAAUCGUGUUCACACACCUUGCAGCCUACAAGCUGCAUGGCUCAUUUGCGCAGCCCCAUACAACAAUCACACACCAUCUUGACCUGGCAGAUGAGAAGGGACUGGUCCUUAUGCAUGGGCAAGUCAUGCCGGAUAGCGGCGUGUCCAUUUCCGAGGCCAGUUGGUUGGUAAGCUGCGUGCAGCGAUUCUAUGAUUUCGAUGGUGAAGGCAGUGGACGCAAAGGGGAGCUUUUGCGUAUGUUUACGCGCGGUGAUGUGGAGGGAUUCAAAGUUGAGGAUUUGGUUAGCGAAACGGAAACACUUUCCUAG